AUGGUAACGCUGUGGCGCGUUGUCACCGGGACUAGAGAUGAGGAGCGCGGUUUGCUGGGCAUAGACACGCUUUCCUGCACCUGCAUACUAAACCCGGGGCCGCGCCCGCUGAGGUAUGACUACAAGGAGAUGCUCCAUAAUUCCACCUUCUGUUUGGUGCCCCGUGGCAGGCGGCUGGGCUCCUUUCGCUUCCUGGAGGCGCUGCAGGCUGCGUGCGUGCCGGUGAUGCUGAGCAAUGGCUGGGAGCUGCCUUUCUCCGAGAUCAUCGACUGGAACACGGCGGCGGUCAUCGGAGAUGAGAGGCUGCUGCUGCAGAUUCCAACCACGGUGCGCUCCAUCCACCAGGAUAAGAUCCUGUCCCUCAGGCAGCAGACUCAGUUCCUCUGGGAGGCUUACUUCUCCUCCGUGGAAAAGAUAGUGCUGACCACACUGGAGAUCAUCCAGGAUCGUGUGUUGGAGCACGGCUCCAGGAGCAGCCUGAUGUGGAACAGUCACCCUGGGGGCCUGUUUGCCUUGCCACAGUACUCUGGAUACCUGGGAGACUUCCCUUUCUACUAUGCCAUUCUGGGUAUUAAACCAUAUCCCAAGUUCACAGCAGUCAUCCAUGCCGUCUCUCCUCUGGUGUCCCAGUCCCAGCCCAUACUCAAGCUACUGGUGGCCGUGGCCAAGUCCCAGUACUGUGCCCAGAUCAUCGUCCUGUGGAACUCGGACAAACCGCUGCCUGCAAAGCACCGCUGGCCCGCCACCUCAGUGCCCAUCAUCGUCAUAGAGGGAGAGAAUAAGGUCAUGAGCAGCCGAUUCCUGCCCUACGAGACCAUAGUGACCGAUGCCGUCCUCAGCCUGGAUGAAGACACAGUGCUGUCCACCACAGAGGUGGACUUUGCCUUCACCGUGUGGCAGAGUUUUCCUGAGCGGAUUGUGGGUUACCCGGCCCGCAGCCACUUCUGGGACAGCAACAAGGAGCGCUGGGGCUACACCUCCAAAUGGACCAACGACUACUCCAUGGUCCUGACCGGCGCCGCCAUCUUCCACAGGUACUACCACUACCUGUACACCAACUACUUACCCACAAGCCUAAAGAACAUGGUGGACCAGCUGGCCAACUGUGAGGACAUCCUGAUGAACUUCCUGGUCUCCGCUGUCACCAAGCUGCCCCCCAUUAAGGUCACACAGAAGAAACAGUACAAAGAGACCAUGAUGGGACAGUCUUCGAGGGCGUCUCGCUGGGCUGAUCCGGACCACUUCGCCCAGCGGCAGACCUGCAUGAACAAGUUCGCCAGCUGGUUUGGCGCCAUGCCGCUCGUCCAUUCCCAGAUGAGACUGGACCCGGUCCUCUUUAAGGACCAGGACCGCCGCCCCCUCGGGGGAGAGCCCACUCCGGGGGAGGCCCGGGACUCGGCGGAGACCGGGAGGGUCAGUGGGACGGCGGCAGGGCGGGCGGGCAGAGACACGGCUCUGUCCUCCAUUCAGCACAGCAGCGCCGCCGCCUGGACGCCACGGGAGAGCGGCUGA